CCUGCACUGUCGAGUUUCUUUUUCUUCAACCCUAGCAACCGUCAACCAUUAAUUGUCGACGCCCCACUGCAAUAAUUCUGCCGCUGGACUGACCGUCUUCACAAUUCACUACUUAACUUUUUUUUCUUUUCUAGAGAAAGUUCACAUCUAAACUUUUACACCAACCAAUCUUUCUCUCAAACUAAGAACUACGCAACCAACUUUCUUGCACACAACCCAGCUUCUUUUCGCGUCUCGUCAAUCAAAUGGAGACCAGCAAACGCAGUCCUACUCCAGAGAAUUACGUACCUGAAGAUCCAGAUACUGCAGCUGCACGCAAGGAAUUAAGACAAACUGUCAUUUCCGAUAAAUCUGACUUAUCCGCCAUGUCUGCUCCUCAAUCAGACCCCGCGCCUAAUGUCGCCGCAGGCGGUGAUAAGGCAUCUACAAAAUCCUCAACGCCCGAUCGCCGGUCGGUCGAACUACAGAACGACGACCUUAAAGAUCAGAUUUCCUCACCUAAGAAGAAGCGUGCGCACGAUGAAGUUGACGCUAGAGAUGCGACUUCAGAUGCGAACGGCGACAUCUCUCCCAUCGGUUCUUACACCAGUGGUUCUCUGAGUCGUACCGACCGGUCGGAACCUGAGAAGAAGCGUCCUCGAGAUGUCUCGAGCGAGUCUAAAGUGAGCUCGGACACUGCUACCGUCUCGUCCGAAUCAAAACCAACCUCUAAGACAGACGAGCAGGCCGAGAAGCUGGCGGUAACCAAUGAUGGUUCCAAUUCUGGGGAGAAAAAGACCACGACAUCCGCCUCUGCCUUUAGCACCUCCGGAAUCUCAGGAUUCGCUUCGCAGGCAUCGCCAUUUCUCCAAGCUGGUUCGACGCCUUUGUCCUCCUUUGCCAGCCCCUCGUCUCAGUCUCCGUUUGGUGCUGCCGCCGCUACGAAGCCUGCUACAUCAGUGUUUGGCAAUAGCAUGACCAAUGGAACAACCUCUCCCUUCGGCCGAGUAGGAGUGACAACAACAUUUGGGAGCACUUCUUUUGGCGGAUCUUUCGCCAGCAAACUUGGGGGCCCCACCCUAGCUAGCUUCGGCAAACCCGGCGAGUCGUUUAAGAGCAACAUGCCGGCCAAGCCAUUCGGAGCACCCGUUAGUGACGGUGAAGACAAUCAUGAAGGGGACAACAACUCUGGCGAUGAAGAGUCUGAUGAUGACGAGGAGCAUGAAGCCACGGAGGAGAAGGCUGCAGUUGUUGAUGAUAAAAAGAAAACCAAGCUCCAGCGUGUGGUUAUCGACGACGGCGAAGCUGGUGAAAUCGCUAUCUUACAAGUUCGCGCGAAGAUAUUCCACCUCGACAAGGCGAACUCAGCCUGGAAAGAGCGAGGCGCCGGAAACCUAAAAAUCAACGUGCCUGAUGGCUCCAUCGCCUAUGACAAAGGAACGGGAACGCCUGUCCCUGGAAGCUUCAAGGCCUCUGGUCUCAAGGAUGCCCAGUCCAAUGUUGUUCGUCUAGUCAUGCGACAGGACUCGACUCAUCGAGUAAUUCUCAACACGGCCAUCAUUCCAGGCAUGGAGUUCCAAGAGAAAUCUGGGAUCAAGGCAACCUGUGUGCUGUUUACAGCCCUUGAAGAUGGCGGUGCCGUAAGCAUCCAGCUCAAGAUGAACGCGGCAAAUGCUAAGAACUUUGUCAAUGAAGUCGGAAAGAUUCAGCGCGAACUUCAGUCAGUCUAGAAUGCUACUGAACCUGUUGCUGUCGUUACGGAAGUUGAUGCGGUAAAUAACGCACUCUCGGAAAAAUCAACCGAUUCUACCAACAUCCCAAACACACCUAACACACCUGAUGGCAUCUCCGACAGCGCUCAUAGCGAUGCUUUAAAUACGCCUGACGACAAGCCCAGCAAUGUACCUGAGGCCAAUGAGAAGGUU